GCCCGGUUCCCCGCAGCCGGCUGAGAAGCGCUCCCCCUCCCGAGGACGCCGCACCGGGCUCCCCGGGCGUGCCAAACCGCGCUCAGGCCCGGCGAGGCCCAGGGCUGAUGGGGAGCGGCGGUUCCCCGCUGCCGGGCCCGGCUCUCCGCUCCCCACAGGCCGGGCGGCCUCCACGCCCCACGCCCCGGGCAGGGCGGGCGCCGUGAGCGCUCCGUGACGGCUGGGGCCGGGGCCGGGCUGCCCGCCCCACCUCGCCACGCCGCACCGCGUGUUCCCCGUUCCGGGCUGCCGCGGGUGGGCAGCGCAGCGCAGCGGGAUGGCGUCCACGCUGCUGGCCCUGGCCCACUGGAGCACCUGGGCGGUGUGCGCCGUGAUCAAGCUGCCGCAGCUGGCGGCCGUGCUGGCGGCCGGCUCGGCGCGGGGGGUCAGCGUAGGCAGCCUCCUCCUGGAGCUGGCCGGCUUCCUUGUGUUUCUGAGGUACCAGAUGUAUUAUGAUUACCCUCUGCAGACAUACCUGGAAUAUCCCAUCAUCAUUGCACAAGAUGUCAUUCUUCUUUUGUUUAUUCUGCGUUACAGUGGAAACAUGAAACGAGCUUUGUUCUAUGCAGUCACAUUUUGGGGGGGAUGGUACGUGCUUACACUGCGGAAGUGGAUAAUAGACCUGGCCAUGAAUUUGUGCACAUUCAUCAGUGCGGCCAGUAAGCUGACUCAGCUGCGGUGUCUUUGGCAGACAAAAGAUUCUGGACAAGUGAGCGCCUUGACCUGGAGUAUGUCUGCAUAUACCUGCGCAACAAGAAUAGUUACAACUGUAAUGACUACGAAUGAUCGCGCAGUUCUCAUCCGUUUCAUUACCAUGCUCAUUCUCAAUAUUUGGGUCACAGCCACAAUCCUGCGCUACAGGAAAACUAAAAAGACUGAUUAGAAGAUGCUCGUCAGCACACCACAUAGGUACCAUCAGAAGAACCUGAUACAAUUAAGGUUAAACACCAGAACCAAGGUUGGGGAAGCUCGCUCUCUUGUAGGCUAGUAUUUAGCCCUACGCAUAUUUAGUACGGUCUUGCUUAUUUUCUCUUAGAAAUAAUUCUGAUAUGAUACUUAAUUUAAGCAGCAUAUUUUUAUUGGUCAUUUAAGACAAGUUUCACUGAUACCACAUUUUCUCUGGCUUUUUUUUACUAAAUGAACAAGGUAUUUCGUAUUUAGAUGUUUAUAUAUUCUCAUAUCACUUCAGUACUUUCCGGUUACAUAUAAGCAGUUUUCUUCAAUCAUACAAGAGCAAUUUUGCACCAACAUAUCAACUCAUCUUUCCGCAUCUGCUGCAAGUCUGAAAAACUACAACAGAUGUUUGUCAUCUUCUUGCAAACAACUCAAUUAGUUCGCCAUUAACUAUCUGUAUUUUAGGAUGAAGAAAAUCUGAGUCAAGGCCCAAUCCAAAAUAAGGUUCUAGAUCUGUUUUACUAAGUCACAAAUCCAGUUGGGAUUGUAGCGCUUACAUGCAACACUUAAGUAGCACAAUUUAUACAGCUGAUACAGGGUACCCGCCGUCACUUCCUUCAGCACACCCGGUUUUUAACAGGAGAAGAGCAAAAACUCAACCAUGAAUUCUUCUUUUUCAACCUGAGCUCUCAUUCACCGCACACACUGCUUUGGCAACAGCAGAGACUAGAAUGUAUAGAAAUUAAUGGAACUUUGACGGACAGAGUUAAAAACUGUGUUGGAGCAGAAGUUCCUGAACUGAUACCCAGAGCCCCCAGUGAAUCCACACUGAGGGUGACCCUGCGUCACAGCAGACUCGUCUCAGGUGGGUCUCGGGUCCUGGUGACACUGUGCUGUGCUUUGUCAGUGUUUAGCCC